UGCGCCUGCGUAUCCAGACGUGGCAACGGCAUCAUGGCCUCUCGGAACCGAUACGGGAGUCGGAUGAGAGAGGCGACAAUGUUCAUGCUGGUGUUGCUGGUGGGGCUGCUGCAGGUGCUGGAGGCGGUGAAGGUGUCUCCGCUCAUAGAGAAGGUCAGCGACCACAAAGACUUCAAGAAGCUGCUCCGAACGAGGACCAAUGUUCUGGUACUUUACACCAAGUCAGCUACAUCAGGGGACUCUCACCUGAAACUGCUAUCAGAUGUGGCCCAGACAGUAAAGGGCCAAGGGACUAUUGCAUGGGUCAACUGUGGAGAUUCAGAGGGCCGUAAGCUCUGUAAGAAGGUGAAGGUGGACACGAGCUCCAAACGUGAAGGAGCAGAGCUGAUGCAUUACAAAGAUGGGACGUUUCACACAGAGUACAACAGACCCGCUACCUUUAAGUCCAUGGUAGCGUUCCUGAAAGACCCGUCAGGCCCCCCGCUGUGGGAGGAGAACCCCGAGGCGAAAGAUGUCGUCCACAUAGAGACAGAGAAAGACUUCAGGAAGAUGCUGAAGAAAGAGGAGAGGCCGGUGCUCAUGAUGUUCUAUGCUCCCUGGUGCGGCGUCUGUAAGAGAAUGCAGCCCAUCUUUCAGCAAGCUGCCACAGAGACCAAGGGGAAAUAUAUCCUGGCGGGGAUGAACGUGCACCCCGCCGAGUUUGACGGCCUCAGGCAGGAGUACAACGUCAAAGGCUAUCCAACCUUCUGCUACUACGAGAAGGGGAAAUUCCUUUACCACUAUGAGAACUAUGGAGCCAGUGCAAAGGAGAUUGCAGACUGGAUGAAGAACCCUCUGCCCCCCCAGCCGAAGACCCCUGAGGUGCCGUGGUCCGAGACAGACUCUGGAGUCUUUCAUCUGACCGAUGAGUCCUUCGACAGCUUCCUGGAGGAGCAUCCUGCAGUCCUCAUCAUGUUCUAUGCCCCCUGGUGUGGACACUGCAAGAAGAUGAAGCCAGAGUAUGAUGAAGCUGCUGAAAUGCUCAACAAGGGCACAAACAGUCCAGGUGUGGUGGCGGCAUUAGAUGCCACAGUGCAUAAGGCUGUGGCAGAUCGUUUCAAGCUCUCGGGCUUCCCGACUGUCAAGUAUUUCGUGAACGGUGAGGAGAAGUACACGCUGCCGAGCCUUCGCAGUAAAGACAAGAUCAUCGAGUUCCUGCACAAUCCUCAGGCACCUCCUCCUCCUGAACAGUCCUGGGAGGACAAGCCCUCUCAUGUCAGCCAUCUUGGAUCAGAGGAUUUCCGUGAGGCGCUGAAGAAGAAGAAACAUGCUCUGGUCAUGUUCUACGCUCCAUGGUGUCCACACUGUAAAAACGCUGUUCCUCACUUCACCACGGCAGCGGAGCUCUUCAAAGAGGACCGCAAGAUUGUGUACGCCGCCGUUGACUGCACAAAAGGACAGAGCCAUGAGCUCUGCAAGCAGGAAGGAGUUGAGGGAUACCCGACUUUUAACCAUUACAACUACGGCAAGUUUGUGGACAAAUACAAUGGAGAUCGAGGGGAGGCAGGAUUCAUCGGUUUCAUGCGCAGCCUGAGAGGACGCGAUCAGGAGAAAGUGGUCAAGAAGAAGGAGGAGCUCUGAGGUCGGCGUGCAGGGAGGGGAGGGAGGGGGGAGAGGGGGCGUGGCACGGCACUGCACAGUUUGUCAUUGCACUGUGACCCUGACAAGGGCCCUAUCCGCACUGACAUGGGAGACUUGAUGACCUCAGUAAAGGGUUAUUUUUUUAUACUGUGGGGAUCACGUUUGUAACACCAACAGAGAAUCAGACCGACCACUCAAGACCUUCUUUUUUUUUUUCUUCUUUUUUUUUUUGUUUGGUGGAUAUUCUGACGGGCAUAAAACAUGGACACAAAGUGAUUUUUUUUCUCUCUUUUUUUUUUUGUCUUUGCCCAAACACUGUGACUGCGUAUGUGAAAAGCUACACCUUAUACUGUAUCUAUGCAAUACUGACCCCUGCGUCUCGCUGUGGGGUUCUGUGAGACAGAUUGACACCCAUAGUGCUGGGUGGUGGUGGUGGUGGUGGGCACAUCAUUGAUUAAAGGUGGAGGCUGCGCUGUUAAUCGCUCCACAGUGGGUCCGAAUCCAGCAUGGGAAAGACGCGUUGUGAUUAUCGACGUUCACCUGUCCGUUCCGAUAUUUUUGUACAGAAGUUUCAUGUUUCAAGGCCAGAACUGUCCAGAAUAUCGAUUCUAAAUCCUCACAGCUCUCUUCAAACACUAAUGUCUAGAUAAGAAGAGCCCAUCGCUGGUUCAGUCUAAUGUGGAGUGGUACUGUGGGUACUGUAGCAGUUUGAAGGAAAUAUGGGCAAAGGGUCCAUAUGCUGUAUGGUUCUGGGCUCUCAAAGUGAGUUUUGGGGUUUUAGAUGGGACUUACAUUUCUUUUUCUUUGCUCAAAACUGUGGCCUUAAAGAAACAGAACAAUGCUGGAAUCGCAGAAAUAUGAAAAAUAAAGAGUUGAAGGGAAUCGGAGGCCUGGUGCCCUUGCUUUUCCCUCCAGUCGUGCUCCAGAGCGAGUCUGAGGAGAUGAACAAAACAAACAUGAAAUGCCAAAUAUUCCUGCGCAAUGCCCUUGAUAUUUUCAUGCUUCAUACAUCCACAACAACUCACAGCCGUAGUGACAUUUUUACCUCUUUUCAGUCCUCUCUUGUUGAUUCAGAAUACGAUUGCAUCAAUGUUUUAACAAGGUUAGGCCUCAUUCACAAGCAUGGGAGAUGCUGCAGUUUGGUAGUGGCUAAAAUAUUGUACGUCGAUCAUGAAAUGUCUGAGAUAUGAACCUUUCCUACAUCCACUGAAUCAAUCAUGGAGUCCACAAAACGUCCAAUCGUCUCCCGUCAUUCACACACUGUAAAGAGAGAUGUUGAAAUAAUAUCAUCUUUGCUUUACGCUAAAGGCAAUCAAAGGUUUUGUUUGGUUUCAGUCUGUUUUACAUCCUUUUGUUUCCAUCACUUUCUGCUGAUCGAGCAACACCGACGAGCCGAUACAACACAACACCCUGGACGGUUCUGUGUCCGCCUGCUGGAAGUGAUCAUCUUCAGAUAGCUUGGACAGUACUCUCCCACGCCUUCCAUCAAAAACCCAGGGAUUACUUCGUAACACAUCCAAGAAAUAAAGAAGUUUUGAAGUAAGCGAGUUCUCCGGCAGCGUAACACCACGGGGGUCAUCACAUAUCAUCGUUCAUUUUGUGGCCAUUCUAUUCACAUGGUGUGUUAUUCAACCCACGCGCUUCGGCCACUAUAAAUACUUAAAGGCUUCUGUGUAGCUGAUCUUGUGUUUUAUUAUUCAAGACUUUGGUUUCUUUGAUUAUGAAUACGCUUCUCAGGGAUAGCGAAACACAAUUAAAGGGAACUAGUUUGUUUGUAAUUUUGCAUUCCAGCCGAAAUCCUUUUGAGUCCUUAGGUCACCAAAUUGAAUAUUGUUUACAUUGUAUCCCUAUGAGCGAGAGAUAAAGACUUCUUUUUUUCUGUGUUAUAUCAUGGCAUCUGUAUUGAAGAAGACGUAUUGUCAGUAGAUGUUACUGAACCGUUUCUUGUCACACGUUAUCAUUGUGAUUAUUGAUGGACUCAUUUCAGGGCAAACUAGUCUCAAAUGCUCUGAACAUCAUUGAGUUUGAUUUUUUUUUUACAUUCAAGACUAUGUAGGGGCAUUUUGAAUGAGUGCUGUACACAGGUGUCAACAUGUCGCUGUAAAUAGGUGUUCCUUCUCCACAAGGGAAACAAUACCCUCUGUUUACUGUUGCAAUUUGUUUUUGUUUAUUGCACUUGAUUGUGACAUCACGUUUGCUAAAUACUAGAGAUCACCUCUGUCUUAUCCCAAAGGUAUCCAUGUUUUGUGGGAACAUAUCACACUUAAGCCAAGAAGUCAUUAUUGCCUUUCUUUUUUUUUUGUUGUUGUGCCCAGCCAUACGUACAGUUUUGCCCUUUGCAGUAAGGACCCUGAGAGAUAAAAAGAAAAAUAAAGUUAAACAUUUUAAAACAUC